AUGAUGGACGAGGUCAUUGAAUACGUGCUAGACUCGAUUUCCUACCUCCCCAUCAUGCAAGUGUUGGCAGGGUCCCUCGCAAUAUUCACUCUCUACAUUUGUGCCCGAAUCAACGGCACGUCAGAGUCUCGAAUCAAAUACUACUAUCGCAUCGGCCUUUUCAGUGGUCUUGGUCUCCUACUCCUACUCAUAAACCUUGCGUUUUUCAGUCACGGGUAUAUCGUCGAAGUCGACUUUGGCAAUCCACCAACUGUAGCCCUUCUAGUCCUCGGCUUUGCAGUAUUUUGGUUUUUCGUGGGCGCGUUUUUCUUCAACCAGGAACAUGAAUCAAGGAAAUUCGUGAGCGAUGCAGAUAUCUCUCGCUUACAUCGUGCGAGAACCAAGGAAUCUGCCGAUGAUUUGAAUGAAAGAAUUCGCACAGAGCUCGAGAUUGAGUUCCUUGAAGAGAUGUUACGUACUCGUCGUGAGAAACUCGAAGGGCUGAAGUAG